GACAGAGAAACAAAAAUGUCUGUAAAUAUUAAUGAAAGAGAAGACAUUGUUGAAGUCAAACAGAUUUUGACUGACCAUAUAGAAGUUUACGAUAACAGCACCAGAAGUGACUCUCCAGGAGGAGGCUGGGGAUCUGAAAGGAUCAAGCAGAAAGGGGCAAGGCCCUACAAGUUGGCUACAGGGAGCGUGCUGCUGCUGUGUGCCCUUCUGCUGUUCACCAUCAUGGGGCUGUGCGUUCACAUCUCCAGAGAGAGACACGAGCUGCGCGCCAUCACCACCAACCUUACUGGAGCCAGAGAUCUGCUAGAGUCCACUAAUGCUAAUCUGACCAGGGAAAGGGAUGCGUGUAAGACCAGCAACACACUCAUCACAAAAGAGAAGGAGCAGCUAGAGAGCACCUAUGCAGCUGUGGUCAGCGAGAGAGACCAGUUAAAUGCCACUUACACCAACACACAUGCAGAGAAAGUCCAGUUACAGGCCAACUACAACACUCUAUCCAAAGAUAAAGACCAGCUGCAGAACCGCUACAAUGAACUGAAACGAGAUCGAGAAUCGCUGAACACCAGCUAUGUCAACCUUGAGAACGAGAGAAAUGACAUGCAGAAAGGGCUCCUAGACUUGGGUUGGAGGUAUUUUGACUCCCACCUGUACUACAUCUCAACAAUGAACAAAUCCUGGGAUGACGCGCGACAGGACUGCAAAUCGAGAGGAGCAGACCUGAUCAAAAUAGACAGCCAAGAGGAACAGGAAUUUGUCUCAUCGUUUAACAAGGAAGCUUGGAUUGGCCUGUCUGAUGUCAACAUCGAGGGGCAGUGGAGAUGGGUAGAUGGUAGCCCACUGACUACCAAGUUCUGGGCCAAAGACCAGCCAAACAGCUACAAAGGAGAGCAAGACUGUGUGAAGCUCUGGCUAUCACCACCCCUGGAGAACUGGAAUGACGAGAAAUGUUCCAUAGUACACACCUGGAUAUGCGAAAAAACUAAUCCAGAGAUAGUUAAAUGUGCUCUAAGUCUUCCAUAUUACAGACCUGGAUAUGCGAAAAACUCACCCAGAGAUAGUUAAAUGCGCUCUAAGUCUUCCAUAAUACACACCUGGAUAUGCGAAAAACUCACCCAGAUAGUUUAACGCGCUCUAAGUCUUCCAUAAUACACACCUGGAUAUGCGAAAAACUCUCCCAGCGAUAGUUAAACGCGCUCUAAGUCUUGUUACACAGUUUCUGAGCUAAAAUUUAUUUUUGUCACAUACAGCAGUGUUUCCGCUAGAUUUUUUUUAAACAGUGGCGGCAGACAAUAUUUUGCGUCUCCCCUAAUUCUGAAGCAGUGGCCGCUAAAUGAAGAGGAAACACUGAGAAGAAAGUUA